UAUUACUAAUAAGUAUGAGCUUCCAUCUUACCUCCAUAUACGAUCACUCGAUCUUCGAGGCCUUUUCCAAGGUGGUGCAGAAACUAAUUCCCCAGCUGCCAACGCUAGAGAACCUUCUCAAUAUCUUCAUACCGAACUCUGGAAUUGAGAAAGCCUUUCUCUUUGAUGUCGUUUCUAAAAUCUAUAUUGCAACGGACUCUUCACCUGUGGAUAUGCAAGCCUAUGAGCUGUGCUGCGACAUGAUCGAUGUGGUGAUUGAUCUGUCCAGUAUAUACAGCUCGGAGGAAACCGCCUUUGACAGCGGCAGCUCUAGUCUCAUAAAGCUGAAUAACAAUACGAUACUCUAUCUGCGAGAGGUGAACAAGUUCCUGCGCGAGGUCUGCGAGGUCUGCAUACUGCGCGAGGAGAACUUUAAUCGGCAGGGCGUCAUUGAUUACAACUUCAUCUGCUUUCGCGACGCCAUCAGCGAGGUAUUCGAGCUGCGUCUGAAGCGGCAAAAGCAACUGGAGAACAAUGAGGACGAGGAUCUCGCCGACGAUCACACACUAAUUCGCCAUGGCAACGAUGGAGCUGUGGUGACCUGAAGGAAGUCAAUUGGCUGAUUGGAUGAGAUCCCUUCAUUUACGCUUGCUCCCACGAUGAACCCAGAACCAAUUUCUUAACAUUAAUAUUCAGUGGACACGUUGAUUCCAAUUUUUUAUGUUUCUUUACCGUUAUAUCUAGUGCUUACCUUGUUUAUUGAUACAUAUAUUUAGUCUUUUAUAAAACUUAAAAUCUGCGUAAGCCCAGCAAUU